CCAACACUGUCUCUCUCUCUCUCUCUCUCUCUCUCUCCAUCACUCUUCGUCUUCCACUCUCCUCACAAUGCCUCGAUUCCUCUCUGAAUUUCUUCAAUUCUGAUGCAAUCUAACGAUUCCCGAAGAGAUUGCAAGUGAGGAGGAGGUGUCAGAUCUGUUAUUGCAUCUGUAGAAUCGGAGAAAUCCAAUCGAAUCCGAUCCCCUGUUUUUCCGAUUCCUAAAAAUGGCUGAAGUUUCGGGGAAGAGCUUCCUACCGGAAUCGUUCCCGGGGUACUCCUCCGACAUCGCCGGUCAGAUGAGUCUGCUCUGGGAGCUGGUGAAGGCGCCGCUGAUAGUUCCGUUACUGAGGAUUUGCGUGUACAUUUGCCUUGCGAUGUCGAUUAUGGUGUUCAUGGAGCGGCUGUACAUGGGCGUGGUGAUAAUUCUGGUGAAGCUGUUCUGGAAGAAACCGGAGAAACGGUACCGGUGGGAGCCGAUGGAGGAUGAUUUGGAAAUGGGGAGUACCGCUUUUCCGAUGGUCCUUGUGCAGAUCCCCAUGUUCAAUGAGAGAGAGGUUUACAAGAUCUCCAUUGGCGCUGCUUGCAAUCUCUCAUGGCCGGCGGAUAGGCUCGUCAUUCAAGUCCUGGAUGAUUCCACAGACAUCCUCAUCAAGGACAUGGUGGAGAAAGAGUGCCUAAGAUGGGCGAGCAAAGGCUUAAACAUCACAUACCAAAUUAGGGAGAGCAGAGGAGGGUACAAAGCCGGAGCUCUCAAAGAAGGCCUCAAGCACGACUACGUCAAGGAAUGCGAAUACGUCGUCAUCUUCGACGCCGAUUUCCGGCCCGAGCCCGACUUCCUCCGCCGGGCCGUCCCUUUCCUCAUCCACAACCACGAUAUCGCCCUCGUGCAGGCCCGCUGGAGAUUCGUGAACGCAGAUGAAUGCUUGCUGACAAGAAUGCAAGAGAUGUCUUUGGACUAUCAUUUUACUGUUGAGCAAGAAGUGGGAUCUGCCACUCAUGCCUUCUUCGGCUUCAAUGGGACUGGUGGAAUAUGGAGAAUUGCUGCAAUAAAUGAUGCCGGCGGGUGGAAAGACAGAACAACCGUAGAAGACAUGGAUCUUGCGGUUCGUGCUGGUCUAAAGGGAUGGAAAUUUCUUUACUUGGGGGAUCUCCAGGUGAAAAGCGAACUUCCGAGUACUUUCAAGGCGUUUCGCUUCCAACAACACAGGUGGUCCUGUGGCCCAGCCAAUUUGUUCCGGAAAAUGAUGAUGGAAAUUGCAUUGAACAAGAAAGUGACGCUAUUCAAGAAGUUUUACGUGAUCUACAGCUUCUUCUUCGUCCGGAAGCUCAUAGCCCACAUGUUCACUUUCUUUUUCUAUUGUGUCGUCUUGCCUCUCUCGAUCCUUGUCCCAGAAGUGUACGUCCCGAAAUGGGGAGCUAUAUACAUCCCCUGUAUCAUAACCACUCUUAACUCAGUCGGGACACCGAGGUCAUUCCAUCUGCUGUUCUACUGGGUCCUGUUCGAGAACGUGAUGUCCUUCCACCGCACAAAGGCAACCAUCAUCGGCUUGCUCGAGACCACAAGGGUCAACGAAUGGGUCGUCACAGAAAAGCUAGGCGACGCUCUCAAGAACAAAUCCAAGACCAAGUCGACUGCGCCAAAAAGAUCCCUCGCCAAGCUUCUCGGCGACAGAAUACAACUGCAAGAGCUCGGAUUCGCAGUCUUCCUUUUCAUCUGCGGCUGCUACGACUUCCUCUACGGGAAGAACAACUACUUCAUAUACCUGUUUCUUCAAGUCAUCACUUUUACGAUCGCGGGAUUCGGCUACGUCGGCACGAUCAUCCCGAGCUCUUGAGCUGUAUGUCCUCUCCUGUCCUGUAUCUGUAGUCUACACAGAAAUAUGUACACAAGAACAACGAUUGGUUUCUGUUUGGGUUUUCAUUUCAGUUUUCAAAUGUCAACAAAAAAAACAAAGAAAAAUAUUGCAGGCAGCAAAGAAAAACAUUGGCAGAAGCUGCAGAGAAAGGCCAUACUCAUACUCAUGAUAUGAUAUAGUGAAGAGAGAGAGAGAGUGAUGAAAGAUCAGAUCUUUAGAGUUAGUGCAAAAACUACAUUAUGUUGUUCUUUUUUUUCCAUUUUUUUUGUGUUAUUAUUGUCAUUUUUAGAGCAGUGCUUAGGUUGUGUUAUCAAUGUAUUAUUGUAUUUUCAUUUU